AUGGAAGACCCUCAAAAGAGUGCAGAGGCCAAGCCAGAUAGAGCCGAUGACCAUCUAUCAACGACCCGCGCUGCGACGGUGGCCCAGCUUCAAAGGCUGCUAGAAUACGCAUGCGAGCAUGAUGAACACCCAUAUAUAAGCCUACGACCAGCUUUAUCCAGCAUAAGAGCUUAUGCCAAGGUUCUAAACAACACCCGGGCUAUCGACAAAGCAAUGAAUGUGCGUCGCAAAGCUCUGGACAAGCUGGCAACUGACGACGACACGGGAGUGUUUAUUCUAAGCGAUCUUGCGGAGGACUUUCUGGCCAAAUUCGAGGUUUCCAAAUUGAAGACAGAUAUCGACUCAUGUCUCUAUCUGUUCCAAGGCGCGGCCUCCAGCAACUUGCUACCUGACGAGCACUGUUGCCACGCCAUCUACAACAUCGGCACCGCGCUGGCGGCAAGAUACCAUGCCUUCAGCGCCUUGCCGGACCUAGACCUGGCAAUUGAAAAAUUCAAGCAGGCGCUGGCAUUAGCACCGGAAGACGGGACAGGCCGGAUCUUACAGCUCCGAGCGCUUGGUGUCGCUUAUACUGAUAGAUAUGCACAGACUCGCACACAAGAGGACUACCAGGGCGCACAACAAACCUUGCAGACCAUCAUUGACAUGGUUACUGCAAGGCGCCAGGAGGCCCCCAUCGACACCAGACUCAUGGAGAAUGAUUCUGCUGCGCAUGGCCGGAGCCAUGUAGAAAGGCGAAAGGAUUACCAGCUGCUUAAAAUUGAUGAGAUGAUCAGGCUUAUGCAAGCAUCCCUCCAAAAACCCUCAGCUAAGGACUGGAAGCUCGAACGGCUAAGCCUGCUCUCAGUCGCGUACCUGUAUAGGUACAAAUUGAGUGGCACAGAGAUCGACCGGAAGACAUCAUACGGGAUUGCUCAAAACGCCUUGGCAAUGACAAUAGAAGGCAACCUAGACCACUUGCAAUUACACGCAGACCUUGCGAGUAGACACAGCCAUGCUUAUAGAAUAACUGGUCAUGUGGAUCAUUUACAGGCCAGUAUCGAAAACAUCGAGCGCAUAAUCGAAGCGAGCAACUUGAUACAAGCGAAAUGGUUUCUUGAACUGGGCGAGUUAUACAUUAUGAAGUACGACCGGUUGGGCUGUCCAACGGAUCAUGAAACAGGACACUCACUCUUGCAACAAGGUCUGAGCAGGGCCACUUCAAGUAGCGUUCGACGUAAACUGCUAGUUGCCCUUGGUCGGCUUGUUUACCUACAACGAUUCGCCACGGGUGGAGCCUCCGCAGACAUUGAGGCUGCUAUAGAAAUGUUUGAAGAAGCGCUUCAAAUAUCUUCUGAGACUGAUGGUACUGGGCUGGGGCUCCUUGUUGGGCUUGGUUCGGCAUAUAUCUCUCGAUACACUCGAACAAAAUCGCCCCAAGACCUCCACACUGGUAUGGAUAAGCUCGAGAUUGCACGCAAAUUGGCAUCAGGGGCGAAUCUACUCAUAGCCGAGUUGUUAUCUCACCUUGCACAUGCACAUUUGCUCUUGUACAAGGAAGGGAAGGACCUCGGGCCUAUCAACAGAGCAAUCGAGCUGGAAGAAGAUGCACUCGUCGUCGGGAGUCUAGACGUAAUACAUAAAUGGGGACAUCUAGAGCGCCUUUCCGACUAUUACCUGGUGAGAUAUGAGCAUACACAGGACCAAUCAGACCUCCAGGCAGCCUUGAGUCGGAUCAAGGAGGUUGCCGAACAGAUUCCAGAUGAUCAUCCAGGCAGAGCGUGGUUAUUUCAGAAGUAUACAGCAUUGCGUAGCAUGUUUGGCGGGGAAGAGAUCGGAGACACCGGAACCGACUCCUUAUCUCUACUAGAGGAAGUACUUAAUCAUGGUCCCUCUCCUCCAUUGCAGCGCAUUUUGGCUGGGAGACGUCUUGCAGCGAAAUACAUAGCGGAUGGUGCAUGGAAGUUGGCAUAUGGAGCACUGGAACGAACCAUGGCACUGGUUCCCUUGCUCACACCAGACUUUCUUCGCAACCACGACAAGAAAUCAGUAAUCGACCCCAUUGCAGGCCUAGCCACUGAUGCUGCCGUCGUCGCGUUGCGAGCUGGCAGAUCCCCAUACGAAGCCAUCAAUCUGAUUGAACUUGGACGCGGAAUUAUACAGUCAUCACUGACUUCCAUGAGAACCGACAUCUCUAAGCUCGAAGAAGCACACCCUAAACUGGCCCAAACCUUUGUUCGCUACCGCGACCUGUUAGACACGCCUUGGCUACCACAGGAACCACCUUCUCAUGCUGAUUCUAUACCAUUGGCACCAGGUCAACACCCUGAUGUACGAUAUGCCGCUCACCGGGAACUGCAGAGAACGAUACAGGAGAUCCGCAAUUUGGGAGGAUUCGAAAGAUUUGGUCUUGGGCCGACUGAGAGCGAGAUCAAAGCUGCAGCGGCCUCCGGCCCAAUAGUGAUGAUCAAUGUAAGUGCAAGCGGCAAAGCAUUCAUCAUGGAGGUAGAUAAAAUUCAGAUGCUCUGGUUGCCUCUACUCUCUGAAGAGGCAAUACACGAGUACGAGGUAAAGAUGCGUUCCGGACAAAUCCAUGCCACGCUGGAAUGGCUGUGGAGAGUUAUUGUAAAGCCAGUCCUCAGAGUGCUCGGUUAUGACGAUAAGCCAGCCGAUACUUGGCCUCGAAUUUGUUGGAUCCCUACAGGGGAAUUGAUAAAAUUCCCACUCCAUGCGGCCGGGCUUCACCUACAGGGCCAGUCGCAGAGUUUGCUGGACAGAGCAGUCUCAACGUACAGCUCAUCGCUCCGCGCAGUCGUCGACGCCCGCCGAAAUGGUCAGAAGUCUGAGCCUUCCCAAAGUACUUCAACGGCAGCAUUGGUUGGAGUUGAGACGACUCUCGCCGCUGUCCGGUCCGAGAUGGACGGAGUCUCGCGCAUCUGCCGGUCCAUGGGGAUGCAAGUUCUGCGGCCUGAGCCCUUUCAACGCGACGUCAUGGCUGCACUGAACAGCUGUGAUAUGUUCCAUUUCGCUGGUCACGGCAGGACUGAUCGGGACGACCCGCUGCGGAGUGGCUUGAUGCUGAUUGACGGUUGCUUGACACUUGAUACACUAUUUCAAACGAACCUCAGUAGCAGAAAGCCAUUUCUUGCCUUUCUUUCGGCCUGCGGAACAGGUCAGGUAACCCACCACAGCCUUGUGGACGAGGGACUACAUCUCAUAGCUGCAUGCCAAGUAGCCGGAUUUCGCAUGGUUAUCGGCACGCUGUGGAAGGUGCGCGACUCAGUGUGUCUCGAUCUGGCUCUCCGCCUGUAUGAAUGGGUAAGUGCAAAUGGCCUCAGUGCAGAAAGUGUGGCUGAAGGCUUCCAUAAUAUAUGUAGGAGCCUCCGCGCCGAAUGGGUCACUAAAGAGCAGAGAUCGAUCAAGCACAGAAAUUCAUCAGGGCGGCCGUUUUCAUCAGAUGUGGAGGACGAUGAUGAGCAUGACAUGGAGGAAGGAGAGAAACAAGACCUAGCAACACUCGACUGGACCCCCUUUGUAUUAUAUGGAAGUUAA